CUUUUCUCGAAUCCAGGCUCCCUGUGCGUAGGACUCAGGCAAUAAUGGGUGCUGGUCGAUGACAGGAACAAAAGACCUGAGAAAUCCUGAGAAACUGUCAGGGAGUUUGAUCGGACAAGCGGGGUAUUGGCGGUUUCAGGUGCUCUUGUUCACCGAAGGAUUUGAGAGAUCCCCCACAGAAAGGUUGGUCUUAUAGGCAUACAUAGCAUGCAUGGAGUGUUUGGGUUUUCUGAAGACAAUCAGGAGGUCCGGGAUGUGGUCCACCCCCUUGAGGCAGGUCCAAGAUGUCAAGGGAUGUCAGCACAAGGUCGAAUCCAGAGGUGAAUCCAUGGGAAUCCUGUGGCAUGUCUUGAUAGAAGUUGGCUUCAUAUGUGGUACUGAAUAUUUGCAGAAAUGUUUAUCCUGUUGAUUCCUUUUGCAUCCUUUUUGCCCUUUUUCUGCUCCAGCCUUUAACGGGCCACGUAGCCUGUUUUUCAUGCACAGCCAAGCUGUGCUGAUUGCAGGUGGAGAAUGACCAUUCCGCAAAACAGAGCAGGAUGGGCCAUCGCAACGCCCCAUGCCUUGUCCGUGAGCCGAGACGAACGGCGGCGCGCCCUCAGCGAGGUCUCAAGGCGCAAGAAUCCCAUCCCAGGCUACACAGGCCAUUUGGAUGGUCACAAGGUGGAGAAUGUCUUCGGGGCCACCUUUGGAGAGGCACUCCUGGUGGGUGAAGCAGCCAGACACCGGCGUGCGCGGGGCUGCCAACCUGGUGAUGAUGUGGUCACGCGGCGGACGGCUCGGACUCAUAAUUUUGACAAUGGCUCCUUGAACACGACCUGGGGAAGCAAGUUGGGGCAUGACGAGCCGUUGGCAAAGACCACCUCUGUGUUCCACAACCAUCGUGGUCAUGGAAUCCGUGCUGGCGCCGCCGUGCCCGGCUACUGCGGUUUCAUCCCCAGCAAGGUGGCCGGGAAUUGCUUCGGCAAGCGCAUGGCCCUCGACAACCUCCACGCCACAGAGAUGCGGAAGAUCAACGACGAGGGUGCAGAGUGGCGCACCAACUGGAUCGUGGCCAGCGAAACAAACAAGAAGAGGUUAGCGCACGGGGCCUUUGCCGCAGGGAGCCUCAUGGAGGUGCAAAGCAGGAAGCUGUUGGGAGCUAGGACCUAGGAUUUUAUAAUAUGAGGCAGAAGGAGAAGGUCAUUGAAGUCCAUUGCCAUCACAGCUAACCUAUGCUAACCUCAGAGACGGCUCAAGAGCCUGCACCGUGCUGCGCCGAAGAAAGCUCUGGAAGUGUUCCGAGUCGUUGGUUAAGGCUCCCAGUGGAGCCAUGACUCUUGGUGUUUUUCUCUUUCAUGAAACAAACAUGACCCAGACACAUCCAGGAUUUGCUAUGGAACUGGAACUCUUCACAUCUAUUCACCGAUGUUUCUUGGGGUGACACAGGGUGUUUCAACGGAUUCAUGGAUGACUUUCAGGGCUCCAUAUUCUGAGGGCCAUGGGUGACGUUUGAGGUCAAGGAGAACUUCCAGUUCACUCGGGAAGCUCCCACCCGAGAGGCACCUGGCAGCACAUGGAAACUUUACGAACCUCCGACAGCGCAGCAGUGGAUCAGAUACUGAUUUGGCUGCUGAUCAGCCUCAGGACUGGCAGUUCAAGUGUGAGCUCUGGGAG